GACUUAAUGCCCGAAGCGGUGCUUCUUCCUACUCUGGUCAGUCGUUCAUCCCCUUCCAGACCGUGGCCGUGCGGAGCGGCGUUUCGCCAUGGAUGGCCUCGAGUUCUUCUUUGAGGAAGCAGAAUCAGGAUUGGUUCCUAAAACUCAUGCGGGUGAUUUAUUGGGUGGAGGAAUCGUUGUUGUGGAGUCUGUGGUUGCUUCGAUCCAUGAAGGUCGCGGGCGCUCCUCUGGUGUGAUUUCUUCUGAGCCGAUGGAUGACAGCAGCGCCAAAGAGCAGUUCCGAGUGGUGGGCGCGAAUCUCGGCUCACAAAACAACGGUGGGAGCGAAGUGGUUGGCGAGUCGAACGACAUGGCUUCUCAGGAAACUUCCCAUGCAUCAAUGGGAGAUGAGGGAGAUGCAGAGGGGGUGGUCGUCAACAAAGCAAAGGCCUCGUGUUGGACUCGACGUGUCAGGAUUGGCAACGCGCCAGAAGAGAGGGAUGCCAACCCAAGCAGAGUCCCUGCCCUCGAGGCUUCAAUGAGAGCUUAUGCAGACAACAAGGUUGGCACGGUUGUUAACCCGGCAAUCGGAACUAGCUUUGACACGGUUGAAGAAGCGUAUGAGUUUUACAACCUAUAUUCCUGGGAGACAGGGUUUGGCGUUCGGUAUGCCAAAAGCAGGUUGAACGUCCAUCGGAAAAAGUGCAUGCAGGAGUUUGUAUGCGCGUGUGCGGGCAAGCCAUUGCAGUCGAACAGCCGCUCGACGAGGUGUGGAUGCCCUGCGUUGAUGCGGGUGCUUAGAUCAGAUGAUAAAGGGUGGUACAUAUGCGAACACAAAGCAGAGCACAACCAUUCUGUAUCGGUUAACUGUAUGGAGAAGCUGCACUGAAAAUCACACAGGCACAUAGAUAGAUACACUAGAGACUUGGUGAAACAGCUAAGAGAAAACAAUGUAAGCCUGAGCAAGGUUUAUAGUGUGGUUGGCAGUUUUUUUGGAUCUGUGAAGGAGGUGCCAUUCACAAAGAGAUCUCUCAAAACUCUUUGUGGAAAACUGAAUAGAGAGCAGUCGGAAAAUGAUGCUACAAAAACAAUAGAGGUGUUCAAUGCCAUGCGGGCUGAAGAUCCUGAGUUCAAGUACAGUGUGCAAGUUGAUAGUGAUGGCCGAGUCAAGACUUUGAUGUGGACAACAGGAAGAAGCAUAGAGCAAUUUAAGUGUUUUGGAGAUGCUGUAACGUUUGAUACGACAUACAAAACAAAUCUAUACGACAUGCCAUUUGGCCUCUUUGUUGGUGUCAACAAUCACUUCCAAAGCAUUAUAUUUGGAGGGGUGCUGAUGAGCGAUGAGAAAAUUGAAACUUUCAAGUGGAUAUUCACAUAGUUUUUUCAGAUGAUAGGAGCGCCACAACCACGCACAAUGCUCACAGACCAAGCUCGUGCAAUGGAGGUUGCCAUAGAAGAUGUCAUGCCGCAUACAACACAUCGGUGGUGCAAAUGGCAUGUGCUGAAGAAAGCAAAAGAGUGCCUUGGGCCACUCUUAGGCAAGGGCAGCGAGUUCAAACAAGAGUUCAACAAGAUGGUGCACCACAUUGUUAGCGAGAAAGAAUUCGAGGAUGGUUGGGCAUGUAUGGUUGAGAAACAUGGUCUACAAAAUAAUGUAUUCCUCACACAGAUAUAUGAGACGCGGAUGAAAUGGGCUAAACCUUACUUCAUGGAUGUUUUCUGCGCCAAAAUGACCAGCACGCAACGUAGCGAGAGUGCUAAUCAUUUGCUCAAAGGAUAUGUGCCACCAGGAUCACCGAUGCACCUUUUCGUCCGGCAAUAUGAGAAGAUGCAAUUUGACAGAGAUUCAGAGGAGAACUAUCAAGAGAAGAGAACGAAACUGGGGGGCGUUGUGCUGGCUCAGAACCUACCUAUUGAGGUACAUGCAUCGAAAAUUUAUACAAGGGCCAUGUUUGAAAAAUUUGGUGAGGCACUAUAUGAAUGUGGAUCAUAUGUUCUCAUCGAAGAUGUGCCUCGUCGUGAAUACAUAGCGAGGCAUGUAAAGAAGGAUUCAAGGGACAAAUGGUGCAAAAAUGAAUUCCGCGUUCAGGUCAACGAGGAUGCAGACGAAUUCAAGUGUGAAUGUGGAAUGUUUGAACAUUUUGGCAUGGUGUGCAGCCAUGCCCUGAAGCUUGGUCUGCAGGAGGUCCCAGCCGGGCACAUAAUGAAGCGUUGGACAAGGGAUGCAAGGGACAUACUACCUCCAGAAUUUCUGCGUUACCAAAAGGAUCAGGGUCCUCUUAAGUACUCUUCGCGGCGACAUAAUAAUCUGCAUCUGAUGUGCCUUGAAAUUGUUAGGCUAGGUGACAGCAAUGUGGAUGCGUAUACUCUUGCGAUAGAGCAGCUACGAAAUGUGAAAAUGUUGCUCGAGCCGGUGGCUGCUAUACGUGAUGGCAUGGGAUUAUCAGACAGAGAGCUGGCAGGUGAUUUUGCAGGUUCAGCGACAGCACAGAAGCAGCAUUUUGGCCCAACAAAUCAGUUGCAAAGUGCCUCACAAUGUUCAGAUAGCUUUGCGGUGCCAUCCAAGAAGAGACCAGCGGGGCGCCCCACGACUAGCCGCGACAAAGCACCGUACGAACAGCCAGCUAAGAGGAGUAGGUUCUGUUCAAUCUGUCGUGGCCAAGGGCACAAGAGCACAACAUGUCCGCAGCGGGGUGAUCUGCCAAAGGCGCCAAGGAAGUCACCUCGCUGCUCCAGAUGCAGCCUGACAGGCCACAGAAGGAACACCUGCACCAACACGCCCAAGGCAGAUUUCUAUGGUUGAAUUUAUCUUUUUUCUUUGCUUGAAGUAUGACAGUUUCGUGUAACAGGGCUUUGAGAGGAUGUCAUACUAUUAGUGACCACUCGGCGUAUUACUGAACCUAUGUAGAGACCAUCAUGUCUUUGGUAGCGUUUUCUGUGAGGAUAAUUAUUUGGUGAUGAUGUGUUUGUCAA